AUGCGAUCCAAAGAUCAAGAUCUUCAUGACCGAAAUCCACCAGGGCGUAUCGUCACAAGUCAGUCGAUGAUCCCGAGACGCAGGGCUGCAAGUUUCUCCAAGGGGACAACAUUGCCACCAGAAAGGUUCCUCCCUCGACAGAGGAGCCAGACUCUUCCUCCUUUGGAGACCCAAUAUGUCUCCCGGCAAGCCUUACGUUCCCGCCUCUACAUGGCGGAUGAUAUGUCGGAAAGCAUUACACAGAAUAUAAUUCCUGGCCAAGAUAUCGACGGAACAAGAAUUCCUCUUCACGAGUGGCUUCAUCACCCAAUACUAAUUACCGAUGAACAAGUUGCGAGAAUGAUACCGAUCGAACUUUCAACAAAAUCAUCUCCCAAGCUCGACUCUGGAUCUGUCUGCUAUCUCCGGUCUUGGCCCAUGCAAGCCAGUCAGCUUUCCAAGAUAGUCGACGAGCUUCGCAAAAGCGGCUACGGCGACAUGGUGGACUUGUGGACCUUAACACUCGGGUCUUGUAAACCCACGACAACUGUUACCGUUCGAUACAGCUACGUUCGGGAAAAUGUCUGGACGUACGAAGAUGUGGUCAAAGAAGAUUUGAGACGCGAAUACAUCAUCAGCACGGCUAAUCAGGCCGUUGCCAGAGUGGGAGUUGAUGGCUUGUCACCCCUCGCCAUCUGUGGCCUGGAACCACCCCUCGAAAGUAUCAAAGACGGCUCUCAUAUUCUGGACGGCAUGCGGGCUUCAAGCGGCUUCCUGCGGAGCAUACUUACAUAUAUGGCUUCACUCGAGACGGAUGGAUACGAUAAUUCUAUCAAACCCUUUGAGAAUCUAGUCAGCUUUAAUCAGCUCUUGAACUGGCCAAAUCUGAACUCUGACCAGAAAAGGCGAUCAAGACUCUUGUUCGACUCUUGGCUAGAGACGAUUCAACCACUUGUUGUUGUCACUUUUGGGAAGCAUGUUUACGCUUGGCUGUGCCAACCCUCUCGUCGACUCUCACCACCUGACUCUCUCAUCGAAGAAGUUGGAAUACCUCAAGUACUGGAGGUCCCAGGCAUUCAAUGCCCAAUGGUCGUCAUCCCGCACCUACACCCUGGCAACUACGUCCGCCACCCAACGACGGCGAGCCUUGAUAAAUUGUUUUGGUACCCUUGGGUGGCCACCUGCGUCUAUUUGGACACCGCAAUUCAUCUAUUGUCAUGUUCUGAGAGCUUAUUCAGCUCAAGAGAAACCCUACUUGCCGAACUCAGUCUCGAAACGGGGAGAAAACUCGAACGAGUAGAAUACUUCAAAGUCUUGAGAAGAGCAAAGGACCAAUUUGUUGCCGCAACGAAACUGAACACUUCGGCGAUCAUGGCUUCCAGAAAGCUGAGCUCCGAAACGGGGCUUAUUGUGUCAGAAACACAGAUCCCAACCACAUUCUCGAUCUCAGAAGAUAGGAGGCUGGUGCUUGAUCUGUAUCUAUCACACAAGGUGAUUUCUUUAGAGGAUGUCCACCCGCCGAAUUUGACGGCUGUAGUGAUGGAAUCAAGGAAGAGACCCCGAGCAACAUUUGAAGAAGAUCACCAGGACAACUCAAGGGCCAAGCUAAAAUCUAACAACUGGGGACCUACAGACAGCACGUUGGAGAGGUGGAGAAAGGUCCAUGACUUUAUCAAAAAUCACGAGUCUCUCCCUCAGUGGAGGGACAGGGUGAGCAAAUACAAACAUCUGUUUGUCGUCGCAUCAAGUGUUCACCGUUACACUGGAGGUUUGAUUGUUGUCGAGGUUCCUUUGUAUGCCACUCCUCCUUUUGAAUGGGAGCAUGACAGGAAUCUUUUCUAUUCCGAACUAUCCAAAUGCGUCAAGUCCUUUCAAAAUGCUGUAAUCAACAGCUAUAUCCAGAGAUUACCUGACGGCCUUCUCCAGCGAAACUGGACAGCACCCAGCCCCCUCUCAUAUUGCUCGGAAGCUCUUGCGAUGGGAGGCAAUACCUCUUCUAAGCAGAACCAAGAUCAAGCACACGUUGUUUCCUCGUUGUUUACAACAGUUUCCCACAGUACACACCCUCUCUACCGAUACAAGCUGGCCCUUGAGCGCUGUGGGCAGACUUGUGGUCCGCCUAAUUCCCCUGAUAGACGACAACAGGCCGAGGCAUUGUUCUCGGAUGGAGUUGCCAGUUUGUGUGGCUGGGCUGCUGGGAAAAUGGAAUGGGUAGAGUUUCUCCAGGGCUUAAAAGAAAACACCUGGAUUGCUGCUUCAAUGGAAGUCAGAGGCCCUGAUCAUCCUCAACCUGAACGCCAAAAGUUCAUCGCAGCUUUUUUUGAAAAUAGCACAGGUGAUCGAGCCUUUGGAACAACCUUGGAAGAGAUGCUGCAAGCAGCCUCCCAGAAGUUCAUGGUCCAGCAAUCACAUUGGCUCGCUAGUCAAACAAGGGGCAAAAUAGGCAAAUCUCCAGUUCUUGGUCUACAAUCCAUAGACGGCCACGAUGUUGAGGUUUCUCAACGCGGGCGACUUCGACUCAAGUACAAAGCCAAAGAUGGGUCCAUUCUUUCUGGGGAUUUUAAACUAGGCCCCUCUAUUGCGCCACUUGAGAGAGACGAUACACGUACCAUCCAUUUCACAGAAUUGGGUAUAGAUCUGCGAACAGCAGCUGGCUUUACGCUUAAGGUUCCCGUACACAAUUCAAUGUGUACCCUGCCAUUGUCAGUCAUGGGUAAUCAUCAAAACGGUCAAGAUUUUCUGUCGCUCUGGAAAGCCGUCAGGGGUGAGCCUGUAUCCUCACCUUUCUCGUUAUCAUCUUCGGUAUUUGCCUCUGAAGAGUCGAGAUAUCCUGUGGAAUUAUGUCUAUCUCCGAAUGGGAAGCAAGGGUCAAGGCCUCCGACUAAACGUCCUGAGGUGAACCAGCCACUGGGUCACGAUGAUGCACUGUGGUUAUUAAAACAAUUCGUCGAUAUACGCUUGCCACGUGGAGGCGAUUUCUGGACGGGAAGCAAAGAGGACUUCCCACAAGGAACAGACGAUGUUGCAGGUUUUAUCGAGUACGUUUUAACGCUUCGCUCUAUCUUCUGA